AUGUUUUCUUUUAUCUCUCUUGACGUUAACAUCUUUUACGCGCACACAUCUCUGUCUGUUCAUUAUCUAUCUAUCUAUCUAUCUAUCUAUCUAUCGAAGUCUCUUUUUAUCUAUACUCUUGUUAUCUAUCUAUCUAUCUAUCUAUCUAUCUAUCUAUUUCAGUCUUUCUUUCUUUCUAUCUAUCUAUCUAUCUAUCUAUCUACUGCAGCUUGUUUGUAUCUAUCUAUCUAUCUAUCUAUCUAUCUAUCUAUCUAUCUAUCGCAGUCUUUUUUCUUUUUUUUUUUAUCUAUCUCUUCUAUCUAUCUAUCUAUCUAUCUAUCUAUCUAUCUAUUUACCGCAGUCUUUUUUUUUAUCUUUUUUAUCUAUUUUCUAUCUAUCUAUCUAUCUAUCUAUCUAUCUAUCUAUCUAUCUAUCUAUCUAUCUCAGUCUCUUUUAUCGAUUUAUCACAGUCUUUUCGUAUUUCUGGCUAUCUAUCUAUCUAUCUAUCUAUCUAUCUAUCUAUCUAUCUAUCUCUCUCUCUCUCUCUCUAUAUAUAUAUAUAUAUAUAUAUAUAUAUAUAUAUAUAUAUAUAUAUAUAUUUUGGUAACUCUUGCAGUUUUUUCUAUCUAUCUAUCCAUCUAUCUAUCUAUCUAUCUAUCUAUCUAUCUCUGUUACGACCAUUUCAAUCAUCGAUAUCUCAGUGCAUAA